GGAGGAAGAAAACUUGAGUGUUACAUCAGAACGUGGAAGUGUGCUAGUAUUUUUACCAGGUUUGUGUGAAAUAAGAUACAUGCACUCGUGUCUCUCAAGUAAGUUCAACAAAAGGUGGCAGGUGUACCCACUUCACUCACGUGGGACAUUAGAGGAACAAAAUAAUGCAUUUUUGGCUACAGUUCCUGGCUACAGAAAAAUUAUUCUGUGUACAAACAUAGCUGAGAGCUCUGUAACAGUUCCUGAUGUUAAGUAUGUGAUAGAUUUCUGCUUAACUAGAACUUUGGUUUGUGAUGAGGAAACUAAUUACCAGAGUUUGAGACUUUGCUGGGCAUCUAAAACAAAUUGUAAUCAAAGAAAAGGUCGUGCUGGACGUGUUUCCAGAGGGUAUUGUUACAGGCUUGUACGCAAGAACUUCUGGACAGACUUUAUUCCAGAGCAGUCAGUACCUGAGAUACUGCGUUGUCCAUUGGGAGCUACAGUCUUAAAAAUAAAAAAGCUUGAUAUGGGGGGACCAAAAGCCUUGCUGGCAACAGCUCUUUCUCCACCUAGUGUAGGUGACAUUGAGCAUACCAUACUUCAGCUGAAAGAGCUGGGAGCACUUACAAAUUGUGUGCAAACGGAAGAAAAUCCACAUGAUGGUGAGCUGACUUUCUUAGGAAGGGUAUUGGCACAGUUGCCAGUGGAUCUGCAUCUUGGAAAACUAAUAGUCCUUGGGCAUGCCUUCGGGUGCUUAGAAGAAUGCCUUAUUAUAGCUGCAGCACUCUCUUUGCGGAACUUUUUUACGUCACCUUUACAACAGCACAUUGAUGGAUACAGAAACAAACUGGUUUUUGCGGGGAAUAGUAAGAGUGACUGCAUUGCAAUUGUGAAUGCAUUUAAGGCAUGGCAAGCCUGCAGUCAAAAAGGGGAGCUGAGACAUCCCAAGAAAGAGCUUGAGUGGGGUCAGUCAAAUUGUAUUCAUAUCAAGAAGGUCCGAGAGGUGGCAGAGUUAUUUCACAACUUGAAAGAGCGAGUCAGUGCAUUUAACAUGCAUGUUAAUGCUCAUCCAUCUGCUGUGGAUCAGGAAUGUUUAUACAAACAACGUUUCAUUUUGCAGGUUGUGAUAGCCGGUGCUUUCUAUCCAAACUACUUUACUUUUGGAAAAUGUAAUGAAGAAAGUGCUGUGAGAGACCUUGCUGGCAAAGAUCCGAAAACGACUGUUAUGCUGAGGAAUAUUCCUCCCUAUGGAUAUCUAUACCAUAAACAGUUGCAGUCACUGUUUAGACAGUGUGGGCAGGUAAAAUCUAUUGCCUAUGAUGGAUCAAAGGCUUUUGUGGAGUUCUCCCGUAACCCAAUGGAGGGCUUUAAGAUUCUUCCCGCAGUAUACCUGUCAGUCAAGAUGUCACAGCUGAAAAUUCCUCUUGCGCUGAAUGCUUAUCAUCUAAAUGAUAUUAAAAAGCAGUUGCAAGGAGUGACAGCUGUGAGUGUGGAAUCUCUAAGAGUAAAUGUGGACUGUCAGAAGCAGAGUUUGGAGCCUGUGGAAGUCUCAUUUGGUGCUUUACAACAGUCAAAGAUGAUCCCAAAUCGUCUUCUGUCCAUCAAGAUAACAGAGAUAGUAGAAGUUGGACAUUUUUGGGGUUACAGGACAGAUGAAAAAAAUAGGACUGUACUUCAGGCUUUAACUGCUGAAAUUAACUAUCAGAACCUGAUGGAUUUGCCAGUGUCUCCACAUCCAGAGAUGGUUUGUCUGGCACCAUUCACUCAUCUGGAAGAUGGAGGAUAUUGUAGAGCUCGUAUUCUGUAUGUUUGUGGAGAUUUUGCUGAGGUGUUCUUUGUGGAUUAUGGCAAUAGAUCAAAAGUGCCUUUAGAGAAAUUAAAAAAGAUUCCAAGCUCUCUUCAAGAGCUUCCAUUCCAGGCUUUAGAAUUCAAGAUAUGCAAGAUGCGUCCUUCCGCACAAUCUCUUGUGUGUGGAGAAAGGUGGAGUUACAGUGCUAGCCAGAGAUUUGCCUCACUAGUAAAUGGCUCUGCACUUCUAGUGAAGGUGUAUUCACUUGUGCAUAGUGUUCUGCAUGUAGAUGUUUUCUAUUACUCAAGGUGCCAAGAGCUUGUGAAUAUUCGAGAUGUGCUUAUUGAAGAAUGUUAUGCUGAACUAGCAGAAGAAUCAUAUGAAUCACAACAAAGCCAUAGUUUGCUCAGGGAAUUAUUUUUGGACCAAGUAAAAGAAGAGAAAAUACCUGUUUCUUCAAGAGAGGAAGAAAAGCAUCUCCUUGAAAGAUUGUUAAACUGUUUUUCUGACCACAAAUCUAAUGUGCCAACCCAUAAGGUAACGGUUUUUGGCCCAUUCAGUCCUUAUGAGCUGAAAUGCUACAGCAUGACUAGAGUAUCCCAGUUCAGAAACAUUCUCAUACAAAAGCAAAGCAUAAACUCUGUUGUUCUCCAUGACGCUCCAGAAGAUCCCUUUCAGCAGUUGUUGGUUUCUGCUUCCGUAUCAGCAAAUGCAACUGGAUCUGCUGUAAUUUUAGAGGAAACAUCUUUGAUGCCUCCUAUUCCUGGCCUGCUUCCGCUCCUCAGUAUGUUGUUUGCUCCUGCCAUAGAACUAAGGGUUGAUAAAAGCGGAAAGUAUUUUACUGGUGUUUUGUGUGGUUUGGGUUGGAGUCAGACUUCUGGAGCUCCUCUGCUUCCAGAAAAUGACAUGGAACUGACAUUUGAUGUGCAUUUUGGAGUGGAAGACAUAUCAGAGAUAAACAUCCUAAGGACAGCCAUUAAUAAGCUGCUCUCUGAAUGUGCAGUGUGUUUUGAACAAACAAGAGUGACACAGCUGCAGGAAGAUGUUCGUCAGAAACUUCUGUGUUUAAUCUGCAAAUCAAAACCUCGAGAUAAAAUUGUUCCUACAUGGUAUGAGAAGCCAUAUGCAUGGAAUCAGGUGGAUCCUCAGCAUAUCAUUGACCAGUCUGAAAAGCAGCAUGAAAGAAAAAAUGGUCUUUAUCAGCUACAUAAGCUUGUUUUGUUGAAUGUUUAA